AUCAAUUUGUUAAGUUUUUCUUUCCCGAUUUCAACCAGAAACUACUUUCCCUUACGCCGAUAGGGUACCGAGAGUGUGAGACAUGAACAAUGGUUACAAUGGUCCUUAGUUCUAAUUCUUUUUCUGCGCACUUGGCUAAAAUCUUGGUGUUUAGCGGAAGCCCUGACCGGAACUCUCUCGCCUGCUCUGUGCCGUUUACACGUAGGCCACAUCACCUGAAAACGAGUCAGCGUAUGAAUAGAACCGGAGCUCUGAAGGACUGGAAAGAUUAUGACCAAGCUGUGAAGGAUAAGGACCUAACCAGAGCUCUUCGGUUCCUAAAAAGUACUCCUGUUCAACCCAAGGAGGAGUCUUGGAUAGACUCUAGCCGCUAUCCAAGCGAGCUGGAUUGGGCAAGGGCCGCUCGGCAAGAGCGCAAUUGGGAGGUUUUGGAUACCUGCUUGAAUGCGGAUGAUAUGAGGCUUGUUGCUGGAGCGUACACUUUUCUCAAGGGUAUGGAUCUCUUGCCCAAUUUUGGGAAAUACAGUAGCAUUGUUUUGGAAGGCACACGAGAUGUAACACCAUCAUUAUUGAAGUCUUUGACUGGUUUAGAUGUGACAAAACUUUCACCCAAAAAGUGGGGUCUUUCAGGAAGCUCUAGCUUUAUUUUGAUUGCGUUGCUUGCUGGAAUCUCUUUUAUGGUAAAUCAGGGAAUGGACAUCAGACCUAACAUUACCGCAGUACUGGGCUUGACGAUGCUCGAUGCUAUAUUUCUUGGAGGUUCUUGCUUAGCGCAGGUCUCAAGCUACUGGCCACCUUAUAGGCGCCGGAUUCUAGUUCAUGAAGCCGGCCAUCUACUUGUAGCUUACCUCAUGGGCUGUCCAAUCCGUGGUGUUAUUUUAGACCCCAUUGUGGCGAUGCAGAUGGGAAUCCAAGGCCAGGCUGGAACACAGUUCUGGGAUGAAAAACUUGAGAAUGAGCUCGCUGAAGGCCGGUUGAGUAGAACUGGCUUUGACAGGUAUUGCAUGGUUCUUUUUGCUGGGAUUGCCGCUGAGGCUCUUGUCUAUGGAGAAGCAGAGGGUGGAGAAAAUGAUGAGAAUUUAUUCAGAAGCACCUGUAUUCUUUUAGAUCCACCACUAUCUGUUGCUCAGAUGUCAAAUCAAGCUAGAUGGUCAGUAAUGCAAUCCUAUAAUCUGUUAAAAUGGCAUAAACAUGCACACCGAGCUGCAUUUCAAGCUAUAGAGGGUGGGCAGAGUCUGAGUGUGAUUAUAAAAAGAAUUGAGGAAGCUAUGUCUUCCGGCAGUUGAACUAUGGAAUGCAAGAUGUAUACUUCUUUUGCCAGGAAGGGAAUAUGCAGGCUUGAUGCGAUGAUUUGGACGGAGAAGUAAUGGAAAAACAAGAAAUUUCUCAACAGGUCUGGUGUAGAGUUUUUAUGGCACUUUCAUUAUAGGUGGUUCGACUUACUGCUGGUAGCCUGGUAAUAACAUCACACUGCAACUGUGAACUGCCUUUCAGAGAAGAGAUUCUUCCAUGGAUUAGCUAUCUAGCUGCACAUUGAAAAUUUUAGUGUGCUUUCUUAGUCAUGGCGUCAAAUAAUAGCCACUUGAUUUGGUCCAGGCUCGGCAUCAUUCCAGGCCUCAUUGAAGAGUAAUGAUUAGUGAACAAUGUGAAAGAAAUGUUUUUGUUUUAUCUAAAAGGACAAUAUUAAAAAGGGAAAAUGUAAAGAUUCAUCAUUCGUUUGGUUUUUACCAAAAUUUAGCUCCCAUGUAAGUCCUUCAAAACUGUGGUAGAUGAACGACAUAUCAUGCAGUCAUGUACUUCUCGUAGUUAUCUUUUUAACUUUAUCAGUUUAUUGUGGAGAAUGAGAAUCAAAAGUUAAUUGUUUGAGCUACUACUUGUUUUUGUUGAAGUAUCUCAUUGAAUGUUCAUCUGGUUUUUGUUGUUGAAGUAUCUCAGUGAAUGUUCAUCUGUUU